AUGCACGUCCAACGACAGUUCACUUGUGAAGACUGUGACAUUGACUUUGUCUGCAACCAAGGCAGGAGAGAAAAGCCUUGCCCUGAAUGCAAUGACAUCGUUGACGCUGAUCCUGAUUAUUGGAAUAUCACUAGAGAAUUUUACUGUGAUAAUUGUGACGAGGAAUUCGAAAGUACCAAGUACAACAAGGAGACAAUGAAGUGUCGAUGCGGUCAGAUUCUCAAAUGGGAAAAACCAUUUGGGAGAAUCCAACGCUUUUAUUAUUGCAGAGGCUGCCGCAAAAACUUUGAAUCACUGAACUUCCGGCAAGAUGAAAUUGAUUGUCCUUACACUCAUUGUGAGGAAGUCCUCCAUGAGAACAAGAAAAAGACAAUCUACCAUGGAAAACUUUUUGGUCGAUAUCGCUGCCCUAAGAAAAAAUGCGGCAAAACUUGGUCAAGUGCAUAUGCAUUCGAUGGCGAGUGGCAAGAAUGCGAGAGUUGCAAUACAAAAACGGAGCCACAUUAUUUGAUCGAACACGAACGUAAUGGUAAACAGGGUGACAAAGAGCAUCGCUCUGACCUCUGUGGGAGAUGCAAGUCUGGCCGACCAUGCCGAGGUGCCCGCUUCCAAACCUCGUACUCUUCCGAAGAAGAGUCGACUGACGAAGAGUCUGUGACUGACCUCAUGUACGGGAUGUCCCUCAACCAUGAAUCUGAUUAUGAACACUACAAUGAUUAUUAUUACGACGAUUACUGA